AGUCAUUGUUUUAUCUCUGUUGCCCUAAUUUAACAUGAAAGAUAAACAAGGUCAGACUCCGAUCGAAGAUCUCGAAGAGUUAAAAAAAUAUUUCUCUACGCACAAUAUCGUCAGGGAAUAUGUGGCACACACAUCCAAAGUCCAUUCUGUUGGUUGGUCCUGUGACGGGAGACGCUUAGCUUCGGGCUCGUUUGAUAAAACAGUAGUGAUUUUCAAUUUAGAACGGAAUAGAUUGGCGCAGGACUUUGUGUGCCGCGGUCACACGGGCUCCGUGGACCAGCUGUGUUGGCACGCCUCACACCCCGACCUAUUGAGCACUGCUAGUGGGGACAAGUCAGUACGAAUAUGGGACACAAGAUCCCACAAAUGUGCCUCAGCCAUAUCCACAAAAGGUGAAAAUAUAAACAUUGCAUGGUCACCCAAUGGAUCCACCAUAGCUGUCGGCAAUAAGGAAGAUCUCAUAUCAUUCAUAGACACUAGAAACUAUAAAGUAGUAACAGAGGAACAGUUUAACUUCGAAGUGAAUGAGAUCUCAUGGAAUAAUACUUCAGACCUGUUCUAUUUGACUAACGGCCUGGGAUGUGUUCACAUAUUGACGUACCCCGGUCUAGAAACAGCCGCUGUGCUCAAGGCCCACCCUGGGACAUGCAUAUGCGUGGAGCACGACCCGACCGGCCGGUACUUCGCCACGGGCUCCGCUGAUGCCCUCGUCUCGCUGUGGGAUGUUAACGAGCUGGCUUGUCUGAGGGUGUUCUCACGAUUGGAAUGGCCGGUGCGGACGUUAUCGUUCAGUUUCGACGGGCGGCUGCUGGCGUCCGCGAGCGAGGACCACGUCAUAGAUAUCGGUGACACACAGACAGGUGCCAAAGUAGCGGAGAUCCCCGUCCAAGCGGCAACGUUCACAGUCGCAUGGCAUCCGUCCCGUUACCUCGUCGCGUUCGCGUGCGAAGACAAGGAACCGCCGGAGAGGAAGCGGGACGCUGGGAACUUGAAGCUGUGGGGACUGUCCAGCUAGACAAGCUGUCUGGAUAAGCUAGCUGUCUAGAUAAGCUAGCUGUUGAGCUAAACUAGCUAUCCUGCUUAAGUACGCUAGCUGUCAUGCUAAGCUGGCUGUCUAACUAAGUAAGCUAGCUAUAGUUUGUCAAAAAAGAGAAGCCUCAUACGAGCACCGGUGAUCGCGACAAUAGAAUACAAUAUAAGCAUUUCCGAGAAUCCCCGAUCGAAGGAUUAAACCAUAUAAACAAUGUGCCAGAAUGAUAAUAUUUGAAGUGUACAAAGGAGGCUAAAAAACCACCAUUCGAAGUAUGUAAUCAGUAGAUUACGAUUAGAAAAUUUAUUUCAAUGUCUACUCUUUUUUGACAGACUGUAUCUAGCAUAAUAUAAUAUUACGCUAUAAUAUAUAGUAUGCUAGCUGUUCAGCCAAGCUGAGCUAGUUGACUAGCUUAACUAAGCUAUCUCUAUUAGUAAUAGUAUGUUUAAGUUUAAGCAUGAAUGUAUAAAGUGCAAGUGAGAAAUUUACUCAUAACCGUUCCAACUUAUUAUCUAAAUGUCCUCCAAAAAAACCAAAGGACUUGUCCAUGUUGGCCU